AUGGUUUUGCCGCCAGCCACCAGUUCGGACACUGCUACGCUCCAGCUGCAGCCUGCUAGCUGCAGCUUCAGGCGCCUAGUGACUUUCGACCAGCUUUUUGGCUGCGAUCCAGAAGCUUCCUUCGCGCGGCCUCCUGCGCGCCUGGCACACAACUCUUCCUUGGCUUCCUGUUCCAGCCAGAAGGGCUUGUCGUUCCGAGAGCGGGAGGCUUUGCAGCUGGCCCUGGACGUGGACCCGCUUGACGCGGCGACCAAGCGUGCACUCAAGAAGCAACGCUCUGGCAGAAGUACGGCAGGUGCGGCCAAAGCAACUGCGGCCGCGACGGCCAAGCCGCCCAGCGUGCAGCAGAGUACCAAGCCCAAGCCUAAGCCCCUGACAGUCGCUAAGAACCCAGCCGCUGCCCGCAAGCUGCAGCCUGCCAAGCCUGCCCCAGCUGUCAAGAAGACAGGACGCAAGAACAAAGUGGAGUCCCAGGAGGAGAAGCGCCGCCAGCGGAAAAACUUUGCUUCCCGCAAGUACCACCAGGCCAAGAACGAAGCACUGGCUGCUGGCAGCACCCCGGAGAUGGCUUACCGCGCGGCCCGCCAGGCUCAUCGCGCGGCGCUCCAGGAGUGGGACUCCAACUGA